AUGGAUGAGGAAUUUGCAGUACUCCUCAAGAACAAAACAUGGAAUCUAGUCCUAGCUAUAGCGGAGCAUGAGGUUCAAAAAUACAAAGCAAGACUUGUUGCAAAGGAAUUUCAUCAACGAGAAGAGCUAGACUAUGAUCAAGUCUUAAGUCCAGUUGCCAAGCCCGCCACUAUUCGGACAGUGCUCUUUGUGGCUAUGAAAUUUGGCUGGAAAGUGCACCAAUUUGACUUCAACAACUCCUUUCUUAACGGAAAUUUGUUUGAGACAGUGCAUAUGGUUCAACCUGACGGCUACAUGCUUGGGACUGGGCUUAUUUGCAAUCAGGAAAAGGCUCUGUACGGCCUCAAGCAGUUCUACAAUUUAUCUUCUAACUAUGUUGAUGAUAUACUGGUCACCAACACUAAUGCUGCUGAAAUCCAUGAGCUAAUUCAACAACUUAAUGAUACCAAGUAUACCAAAGAUCUCUUGAAGAGAGCAAAGUUCUCUGAUGCCAAGCCAGCUCUGACCCCAAUAAUAAGUAGCUUAAAGCUCACAACAGCUGAGGACACUCUACUUGACAAUCCUUUACUAUACCAAUCAAUAGUUGGUAGACUCCAAUAUGUCACAAUGACGCAGCCAGACAUCACCUAUGCAGUGAAUAAAGUUGCAAUAUAUGCAUUUACCCUAUGUUCAGCAUUGGAAGGCCGUCAAACAGAUAUGCACUAUCUAGCUGGUACUUCAAAAAUGGGUCUUCAGAUACACAAAAAUUAUGAAUUCAGAAUCAUUGCCUUCAAUGAUUUGGAUUGGGCUGCCGAUUUGGAUGAUCCGAGGUCGACCAUAGGAUACUAUGUCUUUCUUGGAACCAAUCUACUAUGUUGGUUGAGUCGCAAGCAAGCAGCAGUUUCUCGAUCGAGUUCAAAGGCCGAGUUUCGGGCCUUAGUUGAUGUUAUGGCUGACACCAUCUGGUUGCAAAAGUUGUUAAAUAAAAUGCACCUCUCGUUAGGUCCUGCUCCAACCACUACAAGAAAAGCGCUGAAUACCGUCAGAUUUACCGUCGGACGUUAUCGGUAG